AUGAGUUUGUUCGGCGCACCAAAGCCCGCUGGGCAGACUGGAGGUCUCUUUGGAGGAGCUGGUUUUGGCGGCGGCGGCACAUUGGGACAGUCAACACAGCAGCAGCCGCAACAGCAGGCAGGCCAACAACAACCCGGCAUGAGCCUGUUCGGAGGGCAGAACCAGACCCAGGGAAACGCAUUCGGCAACUCCAUGGCCCAGUCUCAACAGCAGCAGCAGCAGCAACAGCAACAGCAACAGCAACAACAGAUGCCCAGCCUAUCGCAGUCGCAAGCACAGCUCUCGAGCUCACUCUGGCAACCCGGAAGGGAAACACCUCAGAACCAAAAGCCCAUUCCCGAACAAAUGUCCCUCAUCUUCGAGAAGUGGAACCCCACGAACCCCAACUGCGCCUUCAAGCACUACUUCUACAACAAAGUCGACGAAGCCUCCGUCCCCUUCUACAAGCCCGGCCCGCACGAAGAUCCUAGAGACUGGGAGGAGGCGCUGCAGAAGAAGCCCGCGCCAGGCUACAUCCCGGUCCUUUGCACAGGCUUCUCCGGCGUCGCGGCCCGCCUCCAGACGCAGAAGAAGGUCGUUGGGGAGCUUAAUGUGCGCCUCCACCAGAUCAAUGCCAGUUUGGACGCCAUCCUCUCACGACACGACCUCGAGACGAGUGUACGUGCCCUCGCCGCCCGCCGCCGUCACGUCGUCCUUCGUGAAAGGUGCCUUGCGCUCGCCGCCCGCGUGCAGGUGCUGCGUAACCGCGGGUAUGCUCUCAGCGGUGACGAGGAUGAUCUGCGACUGAAGCUGGCGGAACUGGAGCGCAACGUGCAGGAUCCUGCACUGGCGGCGAGAGAGGAGGAGCUCUGGAGCCGGCUGAUUGUGCUCAGGGACUAUGCGGACCAGCUAAUGAAGGAGACGAAUAAGCCUGCUUUUGCGAGCGGCGAGGGGCUGAGCGAGGAGACGGAACACAAGACGAAGAAGGUAUUGGAAGACUACGAGAAGCAGAUCCAGCACCUCAAGAAGGAAGUUGAGUCGAUUACAAAAGACUUUGCGGACUGGGAGAAGGAGCGGAACCCGAGCUAG